UGCAACAAAAUAGAAACUCAAAAGGGAUAUUAUACAAGCAACUAAAGGAGCAAACAAGAAAAAUGAAAAACUUGACAACUACAGGAAGUGGUGUAUCAUUUGAUGAAAAUGAUGAAGAGGCUUCAAAGUUGGCUUUUGCAUCGUUUCAGGCCAGAGAAGAUGAGAUCGAGAAGAUGAAAAUGCAAGUCAAAGAGAAGGUCCAGCAGAAGCUAGGUCGAGCAGAAGAAGAAAACAGACGUUUGGUGCAAGUUUGGGAAGAGCUUGAAGUUUUGACAGAUCCAAUGAGAAAAGAAGUAGCAAUAGUGCGGAAGAAGAUUGACGUGGCUAACCGUGAGGUGAAAUCACUGGGACAGAGCUGCCAGAAGAAAGAGAAAGAGUAUAAAGAAACAUUGGAGGCUUUCCAUCAAAAGAACAACGAAAAGAAUCAACUCACUGCCACUUUAAUGGAGUUGGUGAAAGAAAGUGAGAAAGUGAGGAUGAAGAAACUAGAGGAACUCAGCAAGAACAUAGAUCCUUCUUGCUAAAUAGUGUUUAUCUACGUAUUAAACUCAAGUGUCUGGAUGGAUUGCUCAUUUAUCUGAACUCAUACAUUCUUCUUGUUUAAUAAGUAAAAUUGUAAAACCUUCAAUGCUAUGUGUUACGUUCUUUCA